CAUGGCAUCGAAGAAGAUUAUGUCCCAGAAAAAAUUGUCGAACACCAAAAUUUGCCUUCAGAUCUUGGUGAUGGAUCUCAAUCAGCCGUGCAUGUGGAUGAUCCUACCGGGCAUAAUUCACUUGAUGCUGGGACUCUUUUGCCUGAAUUAGCAAAAAAUGCACAAAAGUCUGAACUAUUAGGUCAAAGUACUCUUUCAACUUCCCUCCUCGAUCGUGACGUAGUCGAAGGUGCUUUCAAGAUGUGCUAA